AUGAUGUUGCAUUUCCGGGGAGAGAACUGUAUGUAAACAAUACAUUUCUCUCCCCUGUCAGCUCCUGCACACUGCUUUGUAUGGCUGUGCAUAGCCGAGCCAUACAAAGCAGUGUGCUUACAGUGGAAAGCACAGACCCAGCUUCAUAGUAAAACACAUAGCACACAGUUAACCCUUUGAUCUCCCAGAUGUUACCCCUUUCUUGCCCAGUGCCAUUAGUACAGUGUCAGUGCUUUUUAUUAGCACUGAUCACUGUAUUGGUGUCAGUGAUACCAAAUCAGUUCCCCCCAGUGUCAGAAUGCCCUCCGCAGUCACGCUAU